UGCUGAUUAUUUAUUAUUAGAUCUUAUCGUUCUUCCCGUACCUAGUAUAAAUAAUCCCCAAUAACUGAAUUCAGACAGUUGCAGAUUGUUGCACAUCAACUAAGAGGAAUACAUAAUGAAUUCAUUAGCGCUUUUGGGCACAAUAUUCCUGGCAGCUUCGAGCUUGUCAAUUCCGCUCGAUGGUGAGACCAGAGCUUCCUGUACCCUUAAAGGAUCAUCAAUAAGUGACCUAAGCUCUGUCAAAAAGUCAUGUUCAAGUAUCACCAUUCAGGAUUUGACCGUUCCCGCUGGUCAAACAUUAGAUUUAACUGGACUGAAAUCUGGAACAACUGUUACAUUCAAGGGAACAAUCAAGUUCGGCACAAAACAAUGGGCUGGUCCUCUAAUCUCUGUUAGUGGAUCCCAAAUUACAGUGAAUGGAGCAUCUGGAAAUAAAAUCGAUGGUGGUGGCGCGUCAUACUGGGACGGAAAAGGAGGAAAUGGUGGAAAAACCAAACCUAAAUUUUUCAAAGCAGGAAAACUCAAUCACUCAGUUAUUAAGAACAUUAAUAUUUACAACUCCCCAGUACAUGUCUUCUCAAUUAAUAAUUGCCAAAAUCUAACAGUACAGAGCGUCCUUAUUGACGACUCAAAGGGUGAUUCUGGUGGUGGCCACAACACUGAUGGAUUCGACAUUAGUGACUCUUCCCAAAUUACAAUCAAGAACAGUAAAAUUUACAACCAAGAUGACUGUCUCGCCAUCAAUUCUGGAACUGACAUCCAUUUUGAAAACAACUACUGCAAAGGUGGACACGGUAUUUCAAUUGGAUCCGUUGGAGGCCGCAGCAAUAAUGUCGUAAAGAAAGUAACCGUUAAGAACUGCGAAGUUGUCAACUCCGACAAUGGUAUAAGAGUCAAAACCAUAUACGGAACGACAGGAACUGUCAGUGACAUCACCUUCCAAGACAUCACCCUUACCAACAUCAACAAAUGUGGUAUCAGCGUUCGUGGUGAUUACACCAACAGUGGAAGCAAAGGUACUGCAACUGAUGGUGUUCCAAUCAAGAAUUUGACCGUUAAAAAUGUCCAAGGUACGAUAAAGUCAGGAGGAACAAGGGUUAUGAUUUUGGUUAAAGGAGCAUCAGGAUGGAAAUGGUCUGGUGUGAGUCUUAGUGGUGGCAAGGCAGCAAGCGGUUGUUCCGGAAUACCAAGCGGUUCCGGAGCGAAGUGUUGAAUAAUCUUGUGACAAAUAUAGGUUAAUAAUCUAAAUCAUCAUGACAAUUCUUGUAUUAGUUACUUAGAGUUAAUAAAUUUUGAAGUAUGCACCAA